AUGGACUCUUUGGUGCUCCUAACCUCCGCAUUCAAGCCCACACGAGGAUUCAUCCUCGCUUUCCUCUCAAUAUGCAUCGUCACCCUCGCAGCAGCUCUAGAUGCCACCUCCCUGUCAAUCGCCUUACCCAUCAUAACAGAGAAGUUAAAAGGAACAGCUAUUGAAGCUUUCUGGGCCGGGACGUCGUUCCUUGUUACGUCUGCUGUGUUCCAACCUGUUAUUGCGGGUCUUAGUCAUGUUUUCGGGAGGAAAGAGUUGCUUCUUACUUCCGCUGUGUUUUUUGCUGUUGGAUCGAUCGUUGCUGCAGUUGCUAAGAAUAUGACGAUGAUGCUUGUUGGGAGGUCGAUUCAGGGUAUUGGUGGUGGUGGGAUCUUGACGUUGGGAGAAAUUCUGGUUACGGAUCUGGUGCCGUUGGCUGUUCGAGGAGCAUGGUUUGGCUACUUGGGUAGUAUGUGGGCAAUCGGUUCAGUUACAGGUCCUCUCAUGGGAGGAGCGUUUGCCCAGAAUGUGUCUUGGACUUGGAUUUUCUGGAUUAAUCUUCCUUUCAUUGGUCUUGGAUCUAUCGCCCUCAUCCUCUUCCUCAGAAUCAACAAGACACCUGGGAAAAUUAUGGACAAGGUCAAGAACUUUGACUGGAUUGGCUCUGUGAUCUUCACUGCUGCUACAGUCUCGUUCUUGGUUCCUAUGACAUGGGGUGGUGUCAUGUAUUCCUGGUCCUCCUGGCAUACCCUCGUCCCCCUCCUCAUCGGAGUAGCAGGUAUAAUCGGCUUCGGCUUCUACGAACGCUACCUCUCUCACCACGCCUACGAUUCCAACGGCCAGCUUCUCCCAGGACCUCACACCGAACCCAUAAUCCGCUUCACCAUCUUCUACAACCUAACCAUGAUGUUCACAUACCUCGAAACCAUCCUCCACGGCAUCGUGCUCUGGUGUCUCCUCUACUUCCUUCCUUUAUACUACGAAGCAGUCAAAGGAUACACACCCAUCGUCUCCGGCGUCGCUAUUCUCCCGGAAACAAGUUUUGUAGCCCCAAUGUCCGUCAUAGUCGGCAUCCUCUGCGCCCAAACCGGCCGCUACCGCUGGGCCGUCUGGACCGGCUGGACCCUCACAACCCUCGGCUCCGGCCUACUCAUCCUCCUGUCCCCCAGCUCCUCCAUCCCGCAAUGGGUCUUCCUCAACGUCCCCGUCUCCAUCGGCACUGGUAUGCUCUUCCCCUCCAUGGCGCUCACCAUCCAAGCCGCCGGCCGCCCCGAGGACGCCGGCCACGCCGCCGCUUUCUUCUCCUUCAUCCGCGUCUUCGGCCAAGCGCUCGGCGUCGCUAUCGGCGGUGUCGUCUUCCAGAACCAGAUUAAGAUGAAAUUAGCACGGUAUCCGCUGCUCGCCCCACUAGCGGGCCAGUAUAGCAAGGAUGCCACGGCGCUGGUGGGCGUUAUUCGCGGCAUGGCGGAAGGGGAAGUGAAGACGCAGUUGGUGCAGGCGUACGCGGAUUCGUUGCGCAGUAUCUGGAUUGUGUUGACGGCAUUGAGUGCGCUGGGACUGCUGGCUAGUGUGUGGACGAAGGGGUAUAGUUUGACGCAGGAGCAUAGGACGUUGCAGGGGUAUGAUGGGAGUAGGGAGAAGACGGUUGCGGAUCCGGAGGCAAUUUCUUCUUGA